AAAACCCGUAUCGGAAGUCGUGUAACUGUGGUCCUUUUCACGCUCCUGAAGUGAAAUUAAGAGAGGCAAGUCAUCAUCAUACAAGUGGCUCAGGGGCAGGAUAGGCGCUCAAAAAGUCUCACUUUUCUUUUCUUCUGGAUAAUAAACUAACUUGGUGUGACCGUCCGGGAGUUAGCAGCACCGUGAAACAUGGCUGCCCUUUCAGCCUGGUUCUGGAACGAACGGUUUUGGCUUCCACACAACGUAACCUGGGCGGAUCUGGCAGACCCAGCUCCCGGGGUGGAGUACCCCAAAGCUGGACACUUGUUUACUGCUUUACCGCUGGCUCUGGGUAUCUUUUUCGUCAGGAUACUUUUCGAAAGAUUUAUUGCAAGUACCUGCGCCCGGAGUCUUCAUGUGCAGCCAGGAACUGGACGAAGAGCUCAGCCCAAUGCAGUUCUGGAGAAAGUGUUUACAUCCAUCACACAGAAUCCAGACUCUCGCCACCUGAGCGGCCUUUCAAAGCAGCUGGACUGGGAGGUCCGAAAGAUCCAGCGUUGGUUCAGACACCGCAGGAACCAAGACAAACCCAGCACACACACUAAGUUCUGCGAGAGCAUGUGGAGGUUCACAUUUUAUUUGUGCAUAUUUACAUAUGGGUUCCAAUUUCUGUGGCAGAACCCUUGGAUGUGGGACACUCGGCAUAUGCUGGUACGGUUACCAUAUCAGGUCAUGACCCCGGGUCUUUACCACUACUACGUGACAGAGCUGGCUUUCUACUGGUCGCUCAUGUUCUCCCAGUUCAGAGACAUUAAAAGGAAGGACUUUCUGAUCAUGUUCAUCCAUCACCUGGCUACAGUCAGCCUGAUCAGCUUCUCAUACGUCAACAACAUGGCGCGAGUGGGAAGCCUAGUGAUGUGCGUGCAUGAUGCCUCUGACUUUCUGCUGGAGGCUGCCAAGCUGGCCAACUACACCAAGUACCAGCGCCUAUGUGACUUCCUUUUCAUUGUGUUUAGUGUUGCGUUCUUCAUCACACGGCUUGUUAUAUUUCCAAUAUGGAUCCUGAACUCCACUAUGUUUGAGAGCUGGGCCAUAGUCGGGCCGUACCCGUCCUGGUGGCUCUUCAACAUCUUACUGCUGGUCCUCCAAGUGCUGCACAUCAUCUGGUCCUACCUCAUAGCCCGCAUAGCUCUCAAAGCUGUUCUACGAGGAAAGGUGUGCAACGACGUCCGCAGUGACAUUGAGAGCACCUCAGAGGAAGAACCAGACACGCCCUCGGGAGGACUUAAAGCUUCUCCUCACUCUAACAAAGGAGAGAACGGCACUAACGGUCACUGUGCUGCUGCCAAAGACCGGGUUCAAAACCACAACAGCUGGUGACACAAAGCCUGACCCUGGGAGCCCCCUGCAGUCCGUCCCUCAUAUGUUGCUGUCUUAUGACACUCCCACACUCACACCCUGCUAUCCACUAACAGUGAGUGCACACAGAUCAAUACGAGAUGAACUUAAAGGUGGAUGAACAGACGCUGACAUCUGCCUGAAGGAGCCCUGUGACGAGUAAGACAGCUUCAGGAGGUGACAUGUAAAAGCUGAGAUGGAAAUCAGUUGAAGCGAGUGAUAUGCAUAGCCUUGUGUUUUUAAAUGAUGGGAUUUAUUUGCUGCCAGAUGUUUGUCGGUUCAAUGUUCUCUCCCAGUUUUAUUGGUCAGAUGAACUUGAUUAUUUUUAUGUUGAGGGUUAUUUCACACUGGGCAGAAAACUGCUGCUCCAGGGGCUGAAACUUUGAAGUGUGUUGCGUGAAACAGCGGGUUUUAAACAAAAGUAGAAGUUGUAGCUGUGGUUUUAUCAGCUCUUUAAAGAAGGGCACCUGUUUGUGUGUGAAUUACAACACACUUAAAGUUUAACAGCAGUGUCUUCUGCCCUUUUUAAUCUAUGUAGAUUUAACCCUCACACAUUGUUUGUGACUUGUUUGUGUUUUACUGUUUUUUACUACGACUUCUGAGACCAAAUUUGUAUGAAAUUGUUUGAUGUCACUGCCUAUAGAGGAAUCCAGGUAUAGGGACAAUACCAAAUGUCAGGUAUCAUGUUCUCACUUGAGUGCCUUGUAAAAAAAAUAUAUUUCCAAAUAUAUUCUGUUUUAAAAACAC